AUGAGUAGUAGUAGGAAAGAUGAACAACACAUUGAUGAAGAAUGGGAAGAUAUGAUUCCUACAUUGAAAGAUGCUUCAAAUGAUAGUGCUACACUUGCACUUGAGAUUGGUAAUACCAAGUUGGAUAGUUCCUAUGACCCAGAGCUGUUGGGUGUGACACCACAGUUGUUGUGGGAGAUGGGAAAGGUACCAAAAGAUACUACUCUAUCGAUUAAACAAGUCAUUGAAUUGAUUGAUACUUUAAUGGGAUUAGAGGUUGGAUGGAUUGAAGGUAACCCUAUAUCAUUUACAUUAUUCAAUUGCAUGUAUUUACAUGUAUACAAGAAAUUAGAAAACAAAUAUUUGUCAACCUAUAUCAAAAUGUUAUUAUUAUCUUGUGAUGUUUGUUUUACUCAUGUAUCAAGAGGUGAUAUUUGUUUGGAAGAAGAUUUUAGUAUGGCAACAUUUGAUUUUGAUUAUGCAAGUGGAGAGAAUGCAAUUGAAUUAACAAAGAGAAUCAAUGAAUUGGAAAAUGAAUUGGGUACAGAAAUUAAAUCUUUGGAAGGAAAAGAAGAUUCUUUUGAUACCAUUAAUGAUUUAAAAGAUUUAGCUGAAAGAUUAUCAUUUAGAAAGAGUUACUAUAUUGUAUUAUUUUCAUUAUUAUCACCAAAUAUGACAUUGGCAACUAAAUCAUUGGCCAAUAUUCAAAUUGUUUUACAAUCAUUGAAAACAAAGGCAUCAAAGCGAACUGCUGCUGCCAAGGUUAAUUUACCCGAUGGUAUUUUCAAUCCACAAGUGGUCAAUCAAAACAUGUCUUAUGAUGAGCGACAUUGGAUCGGUGUUCAAGAUGCCCUAUGUGAUGGAGUUUUACCAAAACAAGCCAGCUGCAUCGUCCAACAAACAACAACCACAGCCACAAAACAAUUUGUCGCGAUUGGUAAAUUGACACCACACAUUAUCGUGCGAUCGAUCAUGCGUCGUCUACUCUUUCCCAAUCCCACCCAACAGUUUUUCAGAGCCAAUGACUUGCAACACGCUCUCUUGGACUGGAUGGGAGAUUUUGGUGUACCCUUUUCGUACUUGACCAACAAGGAACCCGAUUUCCAAAAGUUCCUCGAUCACUUUUCUGUUGCCUUUCAAAAAAUACUCAUCAACACUGCACUAAAUCGCGCACGUCAACGUAGAAAGCUCCGUUACUGUCUGUUUGACCUUUCGAUUCUUCAAAACGAGGCUGACAUGAUCGACAAUAACCUCGCCAAGGACAAGACACAAAUCUCUCUCAUGAGGCAAAGAAAAGCAGUCACCAAGUCUGCCGGUCCAAGCAAGAAUGCUCCCGCUGCUGCCAACAAAUCAAACAACGCAAAUCCACCACAACCAGAGAUACCACCAGCAACUCCCGAGAGAUUAUUAAUUCAAGCACACAGACUUGUAUGCAAGUCAAUGUUUAGAGUCAUGACUGUUAUGGAAAUCAUGGAAAAGGUCAAAAAACCAGACAGUCCAUUCAGUUCACCAACCAUGCGAUUCCUCAAGCGAUUCGACAUAUUCAACAACCCUCCUUACCAACAACCAGAAGCUCUCACCAUCGAACAAUUCAACGAGGCCUCUGACCCAAAGGGAAGCAGUGCCUUUUCUAUUUUGGCAUCUGUCAUGGAGUUGACAAAACUUGUCAAACAAACUUUGGAAUCUUUUAACAAAUUCGAACCUGCUCCUCCAUUUUAUUUAAUUGAAGAGUCUAAAUUAAUUCAACGUGCAAAUUUAUCUUUAAUUUUAUUUAUUCUUAAAUUAUUACCAAAAGAACAUGAAUCAUUACCAGCAAAUACUGAAAUUAAUACACCAAAGGGAUCAUUAGUCUUGGAUAUUACAAAGUUCACUGUGCACAAGGAGGGUUGA